GCCACCAUCACAGCUGUCAUCACACGUUCUGUUGAAGGCCGCUGUGGAAGACGCACAGAUGCAUGGAAGGAUGCAGAAACUGCUGUACCAGACUUUGUUACUGUUUCUGUUAUGCUUCCAUUGUGGUGCUAAUAAUUUUUUCCAUAAAAGGCAUUUCCAAAGCCAUACAUACUCAGAAAUAAAGGAUACAGUAAAUUCUAAGCAUGCAAGCAAUUGUGCACAUCUGCAAAUAGAGACAAGUAAUAAACAAACACAAGCAGAAUUAACAGAUUUGGAAAACCAUGAGUCUGGGUCCAGCGUUCCAGUUCAGACCAAUGAAGCCCAAAACAGUUACGGCACAAAACAUAAUGGAGACUUAUUAUACAUAGAUAAGAAAAAAAUGUAUCAAAGGAAGAAAAUGGUUGAUUUUUCUUCUAAAAACUCAAAUUCAGUACUGUACGGUGAUACAAAUAAAUUGACAUUAUCCAAGGAAUCAUCACUAGAAACACUUGUAGAUUUUGCUAUAGAUAUGCUCAAUCAGAAGAUAAAAAGAGAGGGAAAUAGUAAAAUAAAAAUACCUGACAUAAAUGAAACAUUUUAUGAACAGGUUGGUCCUUUGAAAGUUAAAGGAGAAUUUUGUGCCAGAAUGGGUUGGUUCCUCUCAUUGUCUACUUUGUACCGCACAGAUCAAAUAUAUGUAUCACGAGGAGGAAAUAUUCUUACUUUGCUUAUUAGUGUUGGUUUAAAGGAAAUGUUCAUUGAUUAUGAUGACUACAAGUUUAAGUUUAUGGAAGUAGGUCCUACAGGGAAAAUUGAAGCUCAAGUUGUAAAUAACUCCAUUGAAAUGAUUUUAACUGUUGAUAUUAGUGGUUCAGGAUGCAAAAUAAAACUCGCUGAUAUCAAAAUUACAACAUUCAGUGGCCUCAAAAUGCAUGUAACUGGUCUUGGCAGAUUAAGUUUUUUUGUAUCUAAAGUAACAACAUGGAUUAUUGAACUAUUCCAUGAAGAAAUUAAAGAAAAAGCUGAAAGAAUACUGGCAAGAGCUUUGGAAGGUGUUCUAGAUAAUAUAAAAUGUUAAAGUUUUGAAAUUUCAGGGUUUUUGUUUUCCAUACAUGUUAUCACAUAAUUUCUUUAACAAUAAAAUUUUAAAGUAUGGAUUACAUUUACUAUUAACCAUUUUGUUAUUUUGUCUCUCUCACUGUGCAUGCAACCAUCUUAUAUCAUACAUAGGGACAUCAGAAAAUAAGUUAAAAGUAAGUUACACAUACUGUCCCAUGCUCAGACCAUUGCAAAACAAUGGUUGGGCAUUGUCAUAAGAGAGUACAUAUUUCUAGUUCUCUGCAAACACAGUUUUGCUGCAAUAUGGGUAGCAGACACAUCACAGUAUGUGACUAACAUUGUGCAGCGACUGGAAAUAGUCUCUAAAGUGUAAGUACAUGGGACAGUACUAUUCUUGUGGGCAAACUAUCUAAAUUGCACACAGAUUCACCAUGAAAUUUUGCAGGUAUAUGGAUCAAAUGCAGUGUCACAUUCAGCCAUAGUGAAAUGGUGCCAACAAUUAGACCAAGGAAUGCCAGACAUUGGUGACAUAAUCAGGAAAGAAGGCUACCGACAUACACCAAAGGCAGUUGUUUUGGCAAACUGAAAGAACAUCUGUGCAAAAGAGGUUUUCCAAUAAUGAGGGCGUUCACACAGUGGUUCUCUAAUGGCUUCAUGGCCAAUGAGCACAUUUCUAACACUGACAGAUUCAACAAUAUGUAGAACUUCCCAACCGAUGUUUACAGAGACUUGGCAACUUUGUUGAAAAAUAGUGUCAUGCACUUGUGUCACACUGAAGUAUAUUGCAGUAUUCAAUAAAAAUUAGUUGCCCUGCACAAUAAUGUGUCACUUAUUUUUUGAGAUCCCUUUAUACAAAACAUAUCAAAAACUUCAGAUUAAUCAAGGAGUAAAAGUAGUCAGUAGAGACCAUAAAUGAAGUUUGUAUACAUGCUACAAACCUGCCAGCAGCUUGAGUUCUAGUGGCCUGUUUGCUUGUAAGUAAGUACCAAAGUUUGGAUGCACUGCACAUACAGUGAAAAUGAUAUAUUGCAGUUUGUUUUGUUAUUCACUAUGCCUUAUAGUCUUGAAAACAUAAAUCCUGAGCUCUACACAAAAUGUGAAGAAUGGCAAAUAACUGAAAGUGAAGAAGAUAAUAGUGUGUAAGCUACACUUGGCUUUGUUGUAUGGGAUUUGUAAAUGCUCUCUUAGAUCACCAGGUUCACACAUCAAAAUCUAAUGCUUCAAGAUGGCUGGGUUACUACAAGUAUAAAAUUUCAGUACUUAUCUUUAGUUACCCUAUAUUCUUCAAGUUGCAUUGUGUUUCCCAGAAUCAGAGUUCCAUGUAGCUUUUGUGUAUUAAUGGAUUUGGUGUCUCUUAAAUCAAUAAAAUGCCAUUAUGCUGUCAGACAUCUUGAUUUAUUCACUGGUAGGUUGAUUGCUACCCAUUAUGUACAGUCCAAAACUUUCACCGGUGUCAUGCAAUAGUUAAAUUUACAGAGAAACGUUCAUUUACAUCUAACCUCUAGCAUAGGUUACAUUUACCUCAGAAAAGUUUGAGGUCUUUGGAAAAGUAACAUUGUCAUAUAAUCUCUUUCAGUAUUACUUCCAUACAUAAAUGUUUAUCAGAAACCUAUACUGGUGUUAAAAUUAGAACAGAUAUUAAAGGUUCCAUUUCAUUAAUUAAACGUUGUAAUUAUAGCACUUAAAUACAGUAGUAUGAUUUUACAGUUAUGUUUGUUAAUAGUAUAGGCAGCAAUGCCUAAAUGUGAAACAGAAAGUCAUUGCUCACAAUGGGAUACUUAAGAAACUGAUUGGCAACAGCUGAAGAGCCAACCUGCACCUCCUAAUGACUUCUGCAAUUGCGCUCUGUGUAUCAGCCGCUGAGUAUGCUGCUCCUGUGUGCUAUGCUUUGGCUCUUGCUAAGCAAGUCGAUAUUGAAAUCAAUGAUACUGCAAGGAUCAUCUCAGGAUGCUUGAAGCCAACAUCAGUGCAGAAAUUGUAUCCGAUUGUUGAAAUAGCCACACCCAAAAUCUUGAGGGCCACUGCUGCAGACAAUGAGAGAACAAAGCAGGAGAAUGACCACUGACAUCCUCUGUACACUCAUCAGGCAGUGAGAUCCUGCCUUAAAUCAUGCAAGAGUUGCCUUGUUAUGACUGUGCCAUUGGAGGGAGCACCAGAGGCAAUUCGUCUUGGAAGCUGGAAGAGCUCACUGCCCAUGGACGUCUCAGCAAAAGAAGAACUAGCACCUGGCGCAAACCUACCCUGUAUACAGGUCCCUCAACCACCUAAGAGUGGCAUUCCCUGAUUCAAGACCAACCUGAAGAAAUGGGGAAUCCUUCCAGCGAGUGCAGACACUGUGCACAGACAUUAUGUGCAGACAGUCUUUGACUGUGGGGCUGAAGAAGAUCUAAGCCACCUACUUGUAUGCCCCACCUGGACAACUCGUGCACAAUACAAGAUGUUUAUGAAGGAAAUGACAAAGCUAUUGCAGCUGCUAUUUUUUGGAAAUGCUGACCAGACAUGGAAAUGAUGAGUACAUGUAAUUUGAACAGAGGGUGAAAUUUGGUGCUAGCUCAUAAAUAUCAUAAUUUAAACUUAUUCUCUUUAAAGCUGUGACUUUUAUUAGUGGUUUUAUUUAUUUAACAGUAUUAAUAAUAAGUGGAAUUUCGGUGUUGACACUGAGACUAAUCAGCUGAAUUUUGAAUAGAUGUUAUGUACAAUGCAAUAUAAUUUUUCUUAUUUCAAAAAAGCUCAGUCCACCAAAUUUGAGGGAAAGUGGAUGUUUUUCUGGAUCCUCUGUCACCUGAGCUUUCUAGUGGGAUAUACAUUUUGAAAAUGGAAAUAGUUUCUGUAUUAUGAAAUUUUGUAAAUUAUGUGUUUCUUGAAUUUCAAUGUUAAUUUUGUAUUCUGAUAAUUUUGAAGGUUAAUUAUGAGUUGUGGCUAACAACAAAGAAGUUUGAUAAUCAUUGUUAAUUAAAGUGUUUUACAGUGCUUUUCAUUAAUAUUAUUUUAUUACAUAGUUUCAGUCAUGGUCAGAACUGUGGGUUUUCAACAAACAUUGCUAAGUGGAAGACAUUAAUUCAUCUAUCAUGUUAGUAAGUACAUGUCAUCUCCAUGGAUAGCAUAGAGAGUUACUAUUCCACUUACAAGUAUUAAUCUUUCACUCAUAGUGAAAAAACAACAAUAAAACUUAUUGAUAUCUUG